GUGGUGUGUGUGUGUGUGUGCGUGCACAAAACUUCUGCACAUUUACGAUACAACUACUAGUUGUACCACUACUACUGUCGCUGCUGUUGUAAUCAUACGGGCAGCGCGACGUCGACGAUAUUGUGUGUGUUAUCAGCGAGCACACACACAUACAGUGCAAAGUUCUCUUUAGUGUCGUGCUUUACAGGGAUUUAUUUUUGUGUAUAAACAGCGCGCGUGAAUUGUAUUUUAAAUAUUUUUUUUUCUAUAUAGUUAAUUUUUCUUGUUUCUUUUAUCGUUGUAGUAAUAAUUAUUUGUCGUCGACCUAACUAGUGCGUUGAUCAGUGUCCGAGUGCGGGCUUUGUCGUGAUUUUAUUUAUAAUAUUGCAUCAGUGUACAUUUUCUAUCUUUUUUUUUUUUUUAUAAUAAUGUUUGUGGUUAACGAUAACGAGUGGUCCGGUUGCGAUCCGGCUGCGUUACCGUCAGACUAAGUGGAAAACUGUAGGAAAUUCGUCACAAAUGACACCAAGGCAAAUAACGUGGAUAAAACCGCCGAACCUUGGAUUGGUGCGAAUAAGACUUUGAGGGGCCUCGAGCCCCCGUGGGAUGGACUGCCGUGGCGACGAGCUCAUCCAACACAAUAACCGAGCGUCCGCCGUACAAGCCGUGCCCUUUCAAUACCUCAUCAACGAACAAGCAAAGUCUAUCCUCGCUCUACAGGAAUUGCAGAAUGAGGUCGGUGCGUUGUUGGAGUUUAGGGACCUUGUCAUGGACACGUUCCCGCACUUGCGCCAAAAACAGCUAUCCAGUCCUGAACCAAGUUCUGGAUCGCAGGGCGUCGGUUCCGGGGAGAGCCGGUGGGAGCCCGGGGUGCGUGUUCGGCGGAAGUUGGGAUCGGCGUCUUCACAGUCUUCGGGUUGGAUUGCGGGAGGAGGACUGUCGACGGCGCCUCGGAGUAGAAGCAACAGUCACGGAAAGGGACCGAAGAGCGGCGAACCGGCCACUACCACGUCGGUGGGCACCGUGCAGGACAGUGGUUUCUGUACGGAGAGCAAGGACAGCAGUUCGACUAGUUCGAGGAAAAACAAAGACGAGGACGAACUAUGGAGUCUGCUGGAGGUGAUCCAGGACAAGGGCACUAAGUUGAAGCUGGAGGUUGAGUUCCUGCAAAACAGGUUGAGCAAGUCUUCCAGUAAAAACGACCUCCGGCAGAGACGAUGCAAGAGCUUGGAGGACCUCGGCCACGAACAGCAGACGACUCCGGCGUUCGUGGACGAUUACAACGUGUUCCGCGCUCACGUGACCAACUUGAAACAGGAGCGCGAUUCGCUGUUGGAUAGAGUUACCGAAAUGGAGGCGGAGAGUUUGUCAAAUGCAGCGCAAAUCCACCGGCUUCUCGCCGAGCUCAAGGCUGUGGUGUGUGAGAAUAAAGAACUCGAAGAAAGACUGUGUGGUGGUGGCAAACAGUCAAAACUCGUGAGAAAUUCUAGUCAUAACGGUUUCGCCCCUGUCCAGCCCGAAUCCACUGACCCAAGCUCAUCGGGCACUCGGGAAGCCUACUACACCCUUAGCCAACAUUCGGCCAACCUAUCGUCCAUCGAGUUGUGCAAGCAAUGUUCGUAUGAGACGGACGACCGUUCCAGACAACUGGUGGAAAUGGUCCGACCUUCGGACCCGAUAUCCAGGAAUCUAGACGGCCGGGGUACGCCCAUACAGGAAGCCGGGAGCUCUCCGACUUUCGCCAAACGGCUGGGAAUUCUAGACGGCAUUGUUAGCAGCCCCGGAGAUGUACUCAACAGAUCGGCUGGUGGCACGCCAUUGCCGAAACAAACUCUGGCUACCAUUUUGAAAACGUUCAACCCCAUUGAGCUGCAGCGACAUCUCAUCACUGUAUCUUAUGAAAAUAAAAAUUUAAUGCGUCAAAUCGAAUCCCUUAGCAAAUCCAAAGAUGAUUUUUCUAUCGAAUUGCACAAAAGCAAAGAGGAUAAUGAAGAACUGAAAUUCCAAUUGGAAGAAAAGAGAAUAGAACUCGAAGGUACCAUGGCCCGAGUGCGGCUGCUGCAGCUGCACCAAGAACAGCAGCAGCACUCGUCUCCUCGGAACACCGUCGUCCAAUCGUCUUCGCCGUCCAAUAACAUCAGUACCACCAUGACCAACGGUACCACGGCCGCCGCCGCCGCAAACGCCGCGCACAAGAGUCAGUGGUUGGAUUUGGUGCCGUCGAACCCGAUACUACCUCAAUUGGCGCUGCCCGCCACCCCUCCGAUGCACCAGAACCAUCAUCAACAGAAUCACCAUGCACAGACCAUCAACAACCACCAUCAGCAACACCAAGAGGAGAACAAUAGCAGCACCGAAUCGGCGCACCAGGCGCGCAGCAAACAGCCCAGCAAAAUACCGGUAAAGGCGUUCUCCGCUCCCCGUCCGCCGUCUUCGUACCGUGAGCCCCGCGACCCUUACCCGUCGUGGAACAAGUGCAAGUCGGACCAGUCGUUACCCCGUAACUGGGAUUCCAUUAAAACGCCUAACGGACGGUCGACGGGUGACAUGCACCAGACGUCCAUCGGCAGCGGCAAGUACCACCGCCGACAGGAUUCCUUGCAGGACAGCAGAAGGGGCCGACGGGAUUCUAGUGGCGGCGGAGGCGGCGGCGGCAAUGGUUUGGCCCGCACGAAAUCUCAACAGCGGUCAAACUCUGUAAAAGAUAAAGUCACCACUGUCGGGUCUCAGGCGGCCGACGAUACCAAGAAAAAAAAUCAACCGCUGUUCAGACGUCGCAACCUGAUCCGACAGAACAGGAUACUGGAGAAGACGCCUGUCCUGUUGCCGGCCCUGGACGAGGUCCAAGAGCCGCCAGAAUCGUUGACCGACAACGGCAGCGUCGAGUUCUUCGACAGUAUCGAGAGCAGCCUGGCCACCAGCGCCAGCUCUAGAAGACAACAGCCGCUGGACUGUGAUUCCAUCGAUCUGUCCCAGCCCGACUCGUCGGUCACCUGAUCCGAUCGACCGACCGCCCGCCCGCCCGCCGUGCCACUUAAUUUUGAUAAAUUAUAAUUUGAUGUAAAAAUAAUAUGACGACGAUUGCCAUAGCGCUAGCCGGAUAAACUUUGUUUCCCUUAUGAAAAAAAAAAAAGAAUAUGUUUGCCAUAUCUUUGUUGUCUCGCUCAUGUUCUCUCCCCUCAUACACCCAUCAUAUUAUAUUUGUUUCCUCAAUAUUAUUCGUUUAUCAAGGUGCUCAUCCACGGUGUUUAAUCGAGGUUCUACUUGUUUGUUUUUUUUUUAUACAUUUUAUUUUCAUUGAACGAUACAUUAUUGUAUUAAUUACUAAUUUACUACUACAUAUUUAUAAAUAUACUUGGAUACGACACAUUCCACAUGAAUUUUGAUUUCAUUGUAAUUUUUUCUCUAUUUAAAUUUAGACUGAUUAUUGUUUAGUAAGCGCAUACAAUUAAUAAUGAUAAUAAUAUUAUUUUUUAUAUACGAUUAAUUGUGAUUCGUUGCUCGUCCUUAUCUUUCCAAUUGCGUUCCGUUUUUCAUUUUUUUAAUUUUUCAUACGAUUGUUUGCAAUUUCAAAUUCGUUGGUUUGUCUCGGUACACAAACUUUAAACGAUUUUUGAACAAAUAAAUAAUUUCCGGGGGGGGGGGGUGUGAACGUGAUUAUAUAUAUUAUUAUAUAAAUAUAUUUAUAUUAUUCAAAUUAGAUAUAAAUUUAUUUUUCACUCUGAACAACGUUGUUUGUGUAACCUGAGAAUGAAAAUGAAAACAAAGCUCACUGAUUACUAAUUUUUAUAACGUUUAAGUGUCACAUUUUAUUUUUUAAGAUAUUAUAUUAUGUAUUAUUAUUAUUGCAUUAAGAUGAUAAAUUAUUAUUAUUGUAAUUUUUGUAACCAUAGAACAUUAUUUUUUAAGAAAAAAAAACAUUUAUGUAAUACAUUAUAUUAUUGUUAUUUGUACCUAUAUUUAUAUAUCUAUAUAUGUUAUUAACGUCGUAAAUGUUUGUGUAGCGUUAUUUAAUAGUACAUAUUUUUUGUGUGAAUUGCAAAUAUAUACGUUAAUAUCUAUAUAAAUAUACAUACGUGUAUAUAAAUUACAUGAUUAUAUA